AUGGGUACUCCACUUGUUGGUACCGCGAUUAUCACCGGCGCGAAUGGAUUGCUCGGCUCGGAGAUAGCUGUCUCGAUUGCCAAAGCGCAGCCUUUUGUUCACUUGCUGCUAGUGGCCCGCGAUAUCAGAUCCGACAGCAUCAAGGAUGUGACGGACAGGAUCCGUCUCAUCGGACCCCGCUCCGUCGAGGUGGUUAAGGCAGACCUUGCCUGCUUCAACUCCGUCGUGAGCUUUUCCCAAUACACCGUCGAGAGGGUGCGAAGUAAAGAGAUCCCUCCCGUGAUCUUGUUGAUCAACUCUGCCGCAACUUCGUCAUACGUUACCGAUCAAGUCACACGAGAUGGGUACGAUCCCGUUUACCAGACCAACUGCAUCGCGCCGUUCCUGUUGACCGUGAGCCUGCUCGAGGCCUUCCGCGCAGGCGACGGUACACCGAACGGUGGUGCUCGAGUAAUCAAUAUCGGGUGCUCCUCCAUAUCCAAGGGAUCCCUGGACUAUUUUGACGGCGAAGACCCGGAGAGUGCCACCCAGCCGCCAGGAACACCAAUUGGCGCCAAGGAAGCGACCAGUCGCUUCGGAAGUAGUAAGCUGCUAAUGAGCGCGGCCAUGUAUGCCCUGCGUCGAAGUCUGGUACUUACGGGCAACAUCUCGCUCAAUGUAUACACAAUGGACCCCGGCGGUUUGACCGGAGAGAGCCACCUAACGACCGAUGCCCCGUUAUCGGUCCGAAUGGCACACCAGACGCGGUCUGGACUCCGGCCAUUCCUGCGGGUGUUUUCCAAGAGUGCGAUAAACAAGGCUAGCGUUCCAGCCAAAGUUAUUGCGAGAGUCGCAUUUCAAAAGGAGACGGUGGAGAACUGGGGAAGGGAACGAUAUUAUAUCUUGGAUAGCGAAUACGAGGCCGCAUCCGUCAUUCCGGCCUUGCGGGAUGUGCCGCGCAUGGAUAUGCUGCUGCAGAAGAUCAUGCGCCAGAUCGAGAUAGGCGUCAAGGGCAUGGGCUCUCCUCAAUCAAGAGUCUCGCGGCUGACUGCUCGUUAG